AUGUUGACACCUGUUUGACCAAAAGUAUUCGGUUCCAUACCUAUGAGAACUGGGACCAAGAUACCGGCCUGUCGUCUUCGUUUGGCACAGCGGUGUGGUACUUUGAUAAUAUCAGCAGGUAUUCUUCCGUUGUUGCUACAAAUGUCGGUUGAAGAGUAAACCGUCUUCCAACUUCUCAUCUACCAUGACUCUGGGGUCUUCAGUCAACAUCCUUCACUGGUUUGUUGUUGUUGUCGUGUGGCAGACUGGACCAUGGGGUACCGUUCACAUCUCAGAAGGUAUGUUCUUCACCUUCAUCUCCUCUCAAUGUGUACCGGCGAACACGCAAAUAGACCAAUGCACCAGCUAUUGUGGAGACCGGUGGGUUCAUGUCUUCAGUAAAAAGUUUCAAGUCGGAUGUCCUCCUACAAACUUCAGCUACACCAUACAGACAAAUACUUCCGACUCUCUCACAGUCUCGUGUCCUGCUCGUCAACAGUCAUCAGACUUGUGUUCUAAUUGCCUCGAAAACAUAACGCCCCCGGACACUUACUCUGGAAACGACACAUUUGUCACAGUGAAUGGCGAAUGUAUCUUCGAGUCUUCCAUCCGUAACCUGUGUGCUGACCUGCCGGACACAACAACUGACCAGCUGUCCCUCGCCUCACCCUCGCUGUUCCUUUAUCCUGAUCCAUCUCCACACACCAGGUGUCGCUGUGAAGUUCACGCUGAGUAUCCUGCUCAAGUGGAAAUACUCUUUGCAGACAUCAGUACAUCGAUGUUCACCAUCACUUGUGGACAGCAGAUUCUCAGUGAUGUCAACUUCACGACUAAUGUCGCAAACACUGUCAUGUCACUUCCUGUCGGCAGCACUGACUGUGUCAUUGACGUUGACCAACGUGGUGCAAAUAGAACUGAUGGCCUUCCUUCCCACAGUGUGUGGGCAAAUUUUACAGGAUCCAGCCUGACAUUUCGCUGCAAUAGCUAUAUAGUCUCUUCACCUGGAACAUCAACAUCUACAACACCAUCAUCGACUACAAAGAUGUCGACAUCGCAGCAAGCAUCUUCAUCGCUCUCAACGAUAACUGUGUCUGAGGCAGCGACAUCCACAGUGUCGUCCUCACCCAUCGUUACAGUAACAACAUCGCGACAAACAAGCGAACCGCCAACAACCACAGGCGCCACCAUCCCGGCUACCGGGACUUCCCUUCAGACUUCAGACACCUUGGUGGUGACACAAGACAGCGGGGACACAGCGUCCACCCGUUACAUAAUCGCCGGCGUGUGUGUUGGCGUCGUCCUGCUCAUCGCUGCAGUCGUUGUAACUGUUUUUUUCAUCAGAAGGUUUAAGACGAUCUACGACUCUCUCGGACCCAGGGUGCCCCACUCACCAGGUGUUCAGACAGGAGAUGCUGACCCCCUGUACGAUGUUCUGCAGCCUGUGGGAAUGUCCAGCUUCGAGCAUUCAGCAACAGCAGGAGAAGAUAACCAAAGAGUCCACAGCAGCCAACAGCUGAACGUCCAGGAUCCAAACGGUGGAGAUGAAGUAGCUGUUGUCCCGACAAACCACACCCACGUGUACGAGAAUAUCGGUAUGACUCUGUGGACGGAGUUGGGGAGUGAACCUUGUCAGACUGAUCCCCAGUCCACCAUCGGUCCACCAACGGUCCACCUCUGACGGAGCAAGGAAAGAUAACUGUUUGUAACCGACAGUCAUGACAACAACAGAAAGAUGGACUUCAUUCCUAACUUGAAGACUGCUAAAGAUGUUGAUUGUCACCUGGUUUACCGACACUCACACUCAGUCACUUAAUUUUAGUGGACUUUCAUUACUUUAUCAGGAAUAUUAAUUCUUAUUUGUUUAUUAAAAAAACAUUUCAACCAAGUAAAUAUGGUUAAGCCGAUGGUUUCUCAUUUUUCACGGUUAAUUUAACUAGUCAUUUCAAAUUUUUUCACUGAAAGACUAGUUUUGUCAAAAAUUGAUCUGAAUUUUUCCUUUGAUUAUAUGUUUGUACACAACAGAAAA